GAUUCCCUGAAAAUUCGUUUGUUGUAGAAGGUUUGUCCUCAACGACUUCGCAGUACUUGAGAUCAUUUCACAAUAAAUCCAAAAGUCUUGAAAGCGCUGAUAGGUUUUUAAUAUCAAUGUAUAAAAAUGGACUUUGAUUGUUUGGAAUUUGUAAAUAAGAUUGCUACAAUUGAGUCAAAUGGAGAUACUUUGGAUCAUUUACCACGUCUAAUCACCUUGGCAUGUCAAAAAAACCAGGAACUGCAAGUGUAUCAGAGACUCAACGAAUUAGGCAACAAGAAUGCUAUUCGUGUUGAACAGUUAUGCGCCGAAAACAAUCAGGAUUUCAGUAAAUCUGUCCAUCAGCUUUCGGUUGUGAGAAAUGAACUUCAUACUUUGCGUUCUCAUAUUGCGGACCUUAAUACUGAUAUUCAGGCUAGUGGUAAGGAUUUGAAAAAUAUGAAACAACAAUUGAAUUCGUUGAAGGAUUCUGAACGACAACUCUUCUUAUGUCAAGACUUGACUCAAAGCUGCCUUCGAGUACUCUACAAAUUAAGAGAUGCUCAAGAAUUGUUGUCGAAAAAGCAAUAUUUACCAUCUCUGAGGAUAUGCUCCGAGGUUGAAAAGAUAUAUUUGGAACGUAUAAAAGGACUUACUAUACAUUCUCAUGUUCAACAGAUGAUAUCUAAAAUGCAAAAUUCCGUUUGUUCUUCAGCAUUAGAGGAUCUUCAUGAAUGGCUUUUUUCUUUGAGGAAAAAGUUACCGUUUGUAGGAGAAAUCUGCUUUAGAGAAAUCGACGAGGCUCGAAGGAGAUGGGCCAAAAAUUAUCGUGAAGACUUGACCAAUCUUACUUCGAAAACCCCUUUGUCUCUGGAUUUAGCAAUUCUAGAAUAUGUGGAUUUUGAUCCUCUGGACAAUGAUCUAGUAAAGGUUGAUUUCAAUCCUCUUUAUGUUUGCGUACAGGUUCACUCUUAUCUAGGCAUUCUAAGUUCAUUUCAGGCGUCAUUCGAAAAGGAUCGUAAACGCCAGCAGGAAUUUUUAGCUCCGAAGAAUUUGGAGUCUAUCAAUUUAGAGGUAAUUAGUGAGUGGUUGAAAUCAGUUGCUGGAUACAUGAUUGUUGAAUACUAUAUUCUGCAAGAAAUUCCCAACUUCCGAUCUUACGAAGAAGUACAAAAUAUAUGGUCCAUUAUCUGUGAUAAACUGAUCGAAAGCAUUUUACGAGUGGCAUUUUCGGAGCAAAGUACUACGGCAAUUAUAAAGAUGAAAAACUAUAUAGUCUUAUUGAUGCAUACAAUGGAACGUUUUGGAUUUGCUACCCAAAGGUUGCACAACCUUUCCGUGGAUUUGAUUGACGCUUUCGGAGGAGCAUUGAUGCUAAAACACCUUGCUUCUUUUGAGGAUGCUUUUGAGACAGAUCUAUAUGCUCCAAUGGUAAUUAAUAACGAAAAAGAGUAUGAGGAAUUAAUUGCUCCCUAUUGGAAAUUACCACCUUCUCCUUUACCUCGUAUGGUUGAAUUUUCCAAAAUGUGCUCCUUAUGUUGUAUAACGCUUUCAAAAUUUACUCGACACUUUUAUAUGUUUUCCAAUGACUCUAUAACGUUAGCAUUAGAUGUCCAGGAAAAGAUCCCCAGGUUUUAUAGAAGAUUUAUUAUGCACAGUUUGCUUGAAAGACUAAAGAACUUAUAUCCCAAAUUAAAUUUAUCACAGAUGGCUCAGUUGGUAAAAAAUUUUUAUGCUUUCGAGGAGCCUUUAAUACAAAUGGAGAAGACUUUAUUAAUCAGUAAAUCUACUUCACAGGGUGGCAGUGAAAAUUCCAACGUAAACAGCAAAUCUUCCGACAUUUUAGAAGGUUUAGCAAAUGCACGGAAAUCAGCUUUGCAUGAAAUUUUCGUCAAAAUUAAUCUCAAAAUUGAUGACUUUAUCGGUUUGGCAGAAUAUGACUGGUCGACUACCGUUAGUCGUACCGCUCCAAGCGGAUUCUUACAAGAAAUGGUCCCGUAUCUGCAGACUAUUUACCUCGACUCCCUAGCAGGUCUUUUUAAUCAUGACAAAUCUUACGUAUAUUUGGAAACGCUAGACCAUUUAUGCACUGCGAUGAUUGAUUUGCUCUCGAACCCUGCGAUUCGUAGAGUCUCGACUGCUGCAGCAGAAGGAUUUAAAGUCGAUGUUGAAUAUCUGGAAAAGUUCGCUUCCCAGGUACCCGAUCAAAGUAUCGUAAACGCAGAUAGCUUCAUUGAGUUAAGACAGUGCGCCAACCUCCUGUUGGGAGAUAAUAUUGAAGAUUAUAUGGAUACUGACAAGUUCACUCGCGACUUCAAUCGUUUGCACCCAUCCACUUCUAUAAAAUUGUUAGAGAGACUCAUUAGCGGUUAUUCUUCAAAUCCGCUAAGUAAUGACCGUCCAAAGCGUCGGGCAAUAGAAAACCUACUUACUGUGUUUCGACGAAAAACAAAUUGAUUAAGAGGAAAUGCUUUCAUUUAUAUUUUUUUCUUUAAUGGAUACUAUUUAUGUCUUUUAUUACCCUUAGGACAUAUUCACGAGCUUAUGAUACCGUAGAUAUUUGCAAUAAAUUAGUUUGCUUAAUUAUAUUCUUCUGUUAUGCGUGAAUUAUAUAAAAAAUUGUACAAAGUGGGAAUUAAACAACCUAAUUUACAUAUAUAUUUAUUGUUUUAAAACAGUUU